UAAACUUACCCUACCUUACCUUGAGGGGUUAGUGAUCUUUUAGCGCUUACACAACCGACAACCUUUGAAAGCAAUAUGUAAACAAGUACAGAUCAAUUCACGCACAUUCUAACGUUCAUAAGACGUACGGUGAAUCUCUGCUUUUAAAGAUUGCGCGUAAGCGAUAUAGCAACAACAGCCACUGCGUGUUAAAGUUUGGCUUUGUGAAUUCGUUUGCUUUCCUGGAUACUGGUUGUAAUUACAUGGACCAAGGCACACUGGCUGAAACUCUGGCAUACAUGAGGAUCUAAAUGAGCUGAGGAUGGCAGAUAUUAGGACGUAUAAUGUUGUUAUUUUGGGAAUAGGAUUUUUGCUUAUUUUUACAGCCUUCACCACCUGUGGUAAUAUCGAACAAACAGUGGUGAAAAGCUUGAAUAGCACUAACUUCACUGGGAGUGGGUACCACAGCCUUGGAAUAAUAUAUGGAGUUUUUUCAUUCUGUAAUGUGUUAGCUCCCACUAUCGUUGCAAUUAUUGGACCACAGCUUACCAUGUUCUUGAGUGGAGUUCUUUAUAGUGGUUAUAUAGCUGUAUUCAUCAUUCCAUCCACAUGGUCCUUUUAUUUCACAUCAGUGGUAAUUGGCAUCGGAGCAGCCAUGCUUUGGACAGCUCAAGGGCACUUUCUAGUGGAGAACUCUGAUGCUUCCACCAUCAACAGGAACACAGGAUUGUUUUGGGCUUUACUGCAGUGCAGUAUGUUGUUUGGAAAUCUAUACGUUUAUUUUGAUUGGAAUGGAAAAACUGAAAUUUCAGAUAGAGACAGAAAGAUUAUGUUUACGGCUCUGCUGGUCAUCUCAGUACUCGGGACACUAAGUUUUCUUGCACUGAGGAAGGUCCGUCAGCAAGAAGAGGCUCUCUCUGAGGAGGAGGGCCAGUCUCUGUUAUCGGCAAGACUGAAAUAUAAACAAAGAGCAACAUCUGCUGUGACGGAAGCUAAAACAGAGUUCAAGACGAUUUUAGAAAUCUUCAAAACAAAAACCAUAUUGUUAUUAAGUUUCUGCAUGGCAUACAGCGGUUUGGAGCUGUCAUUUUACAGUGGUGUUUAUGGAACCUGCAUUGGAGCUACGACACACUUUGGCGACGCAGCAAAAGGCUUAAUCGGCAUUUCAGGCAUUGUGGUGGGAACUGGAGAAAUCGUUGGAGGAGGAUUGUUUGGUCUUGUAUUGAAAAAUAACCGUUUCAGGCGCACUUCAGUCGUCUUCUUAGGAAUGGUUGUGCACUUUGUGGCCUUCUACUUGAUAUUCCUCAACAUACCAGAGGAUGCACCUGUGGUUUUCCAAACAAGCUCGCAGCAUAAGCCAUAUCUGGUACCAAGCGUGUCCAUCGCCCUGCUAUGCAGCUUCUUGCUGGGUCUUGGGGACAGCUGUUUCAACACUCAACUCUACAGCAUUCUGGGCCGGGCGUUUGCUGAACAGAGCGCACCAGCCUUUGCUAUAUUCAAAUUCAUACAGUCUGUUUUUGCAGCUGUGGCAUUCUUCUACAGUGGCUACAUACUGCUGACCUGGCAGCUCCUCGUGAUGGUCAUCAUGGGAUUCACAGGAACGCUGUGUUUUUUCAUGGUGGAGAGGAUGCAGAAUAUGUCAGUUGACACACUGGAGUAUUAGGCUGGAGUCUUUCUCAGGACACAUUUCAGUAAGUCUUCUACUUGCACUAUUUGUUUGUUGUAAGAUGAAUUUGGAAGUAUAAAACACUAUGCGUGAUUUAUUCCAAAGUGCCUUUGUAGAACUUUUUAGGACCUUAAAAUACACAUGGAAUUACAAUUUGUUAUUUUUAUUUAAUUUACAUGCUAUGACAGAAAAAUGUUAGUUGGAAUUGCAUUACAAUUUUCCAUAUCUUCAAUGGAAUUGUAUUUUCAAAUGAUGUUACAUAUAUUAAAGGAGAAGUCCACUUCCAAAACAAAGAUUCACAUAUAAUGUGUUUACCCCCUUGUCAUCCAAAAUGGUCAUGUCUUUCUUUCUUCAGUCAUAAAGAAAUUUUGUUUUCUGAGAAAAUUUCAUUUCUGCAUUUCUCUCCGUAUAAUGGACUGGUACGGUGCCCCAAUUUUGAACUUCCAAAAGGUGGUUAUUUUCAUUAAAAAAAAUACAAUUUAAAUACUUUUUAAUCUCAAACGCUCAUCUUUCUCUCCCUGAACUCUGUGUAUUCUGGCUCAAGACAGUUAUGGUAUGUCGAAAAACUCCAAUCGUAUUUUCUCCCUCAACUUCAAAAAUCAUUUCAAAAUCAUCCUACAUCGCUGUAAAAGUACCGACCCAGUCUUUGCAAAGUGAACAUGCAAAGAAGAUCAAACACCCUUAACAAAAAAGGUAAAACAGCGAUAUAGGAUGAUUUUGAAGUUGAAGGAGAACAUGAGAUGGGACUUUUUCGACAUACCCUAACUGUCAUGAACCGGAACAAAACAGUCCAGGCAGAGUAAGACAAGACGAGCGUUUGAUGUUAAAAAGUAUAUAAAUUGUAUUAUUUUUAUGAAAAUAACCAAUCAUUUCACUAGAUAAGACCCUUCUUCCUCGCAUUUGGUUUUGUUGAACCCGCAAUUAAAAUGCAUUUUGGAAGCUCAAAAUCGAGGCACCAUAUCAGUCCAUUAUAUGAAGAAAAAUACUGAAAUGUUUUUCUCAAAAAACAAUUUCUUAAGAAAGAAAGACCAAGAACAUUUUGGAUGACAAGGGGGUGAGUACAUUAUAUGUGAAUCUUUGUUUUGCUUUAAAGGUGCACUCCCUUAGGUUUGUUUAUGUUAUGUUGACUGACACGGUAGUCAUCUUAUACUGACACCUAGUGGUGUAGUUGCAGCAUCAUGCAAAAGCAAAUAUGGAAUUUCACUUGACUUUGUUAUUCCAUGAGUGAAAGUGUCAGAUUACAGCCAGGUUAGCAAGAUAAAACUAGUAUUCAGCUGGUCAUGUGAUUUCAAGGACCUGCUCCAUGUAAAAUAUAAUACUGAUAUGACUGGAUCCUUCAUUUGAUGUGAGAUUUUGAACAGAUUUUGUGAAGUAUUGUCUCUUUAUGUGUAUUAUGUGUUGAACAAAUACAUAAUGAGGAGAAAUAUUGAGUGCACCUUUAAGUUUCGUGUAAAAGGAUGUUGAUGACAAUCGGAUGAUGGCUCAGUAAUUAACUUCUAAAUAUAUAUAUACACCAUACAGCAUAUAAUUUAUAGUAAGAAGUGUGGAAUCAUUAAAGGGGUCAUCGGGUCAUUCUUUAGGGUAGGGGUAUCCAACCCUGUUCCUGGAGAUCAACCUUCCUGCAGAGUUUAGUUCCAACCCUGAUCAAACAACUGUCUGCAAUUAUCAAGUGCCCCUUCAGAUCCUAAUUAGUUGGUUCAGGUGUAUUUGAUCAGGGUUGGAGCUGAACUCUGCAGGAAGGUAGAUUUCCAGGAACAGGGUUGAGCACCCCUGCUUUAGGGUCUUAAUGAAAAGUCUAUAACAUACUUUGGUUAAAAUUUCUCUGUGGUGGUGUAAAAAAUACCCUAUUUAACUUGUCAAAAUCAGCCUUUUUCAGAGCAAGCUGUUUUGUUGCAUUUACCUUUAAAUGCUAAUGAGCUCUGCUCGCCCCACCCCUCUCCUGUGGGGUGACUAGAAGUACUGUUUACCAGUGUUGCCAAGUUUGUGCUUUUCCCGUGGAAUUGGGAUACUUUAAAACUGUUGCCGUGGGUUGUUUUUCAUGUCUGCGGUGUGGCGGGAGGAGCAAAACGACGGACACAGUGGGCGUGACGUCAGGCCUCGGAGAGGCUUUUAUUAAAUACUAAGAUAAACAAAAGUGUCCAAAAGGGGGAAAUAAAAGUGUCCAAAAUAAAUAGGGGAUCUGGUGUCCUUGACGUGCAGGGGUUCCGUGAAUGAGGGGCAGUGUUCAGAAGGGAAGGGUCCAGGUAAGGGGCGGAGUCUGGCGGCUGCACUCGCUCCCCACCGAGGUCCGUGGCAUGAGGGGCAGUGGCUUCAUUUAGCGGCUUCGUCCACUUUGGCUGCGGCACUUCCUGGGCCGGGUCAAUCUGCCCUGCAUCCUGGUCCAGACGACGGACGACGACGGUGAGGGGCGGUGAUUACGGACGGGGUGACGAUGAUAAUUAGGGGGAGGCAGCCGACUCGUCAUAGCGGGUUAAAGCGACCCCGAUAACGUGAUAUUUAGCUCCUGAAAUAUGAAUUUUGCCAGGUGAACCUCACCAAAAAUGUGUAUUUUACCACCCAGAAUGCAAUUUUUACCAGGGAAACCCCUCCAAAAUGGGAUUGGGCUAGUUUUGGACUAUUUUUGAAUAGCAAUUGGACAGGUUUUGUUGUAAAAACCUGGCAACCCUGCUGUUUACUUUAGCUGCAUUUAGCCGUAUUCAGCUGCGAAACUUGCUAACUAGCACAUUAUUAAGAAAGGCGAUUUGCAAAGAUGCAUAAAACCCCCUUAUACACACUUCUGGUGAGUUGCACAAACAUAGACAUAUUUAUGUAAAUCACAAUGUAAAUUAAAAGUAACGUUAAUGUUAUGAUCAUUAUUACAUCCAACAACAAAACACCUCAGUCGCUUAGGAAACAUUGUUGUCUUCCCCUGCACCAGCGUCGAAACAAUCGGUCGGACUGUUUAUAGCUCAUUUAGCUCAUUUAGGGCGGGUCUAAGGUAAGACGGACGUGUCAGACAACUAUCGUGGGAGUGGCCUUGGUCUGUGUGACGUCACAUAGGCAAGAUGCUGAGAAUGGCUUGAUUUGAAAAAGGGGAUAUUACUUAUAAAGAUUAAAAAAAUACCACUGGGUGGAUUUUUAUCAUUAUAGGGUGUUUGUGUACACACACUGCCAACAUACAUUUAUGUUCAAACAAGACGUAAAAGCGCGUUUAGCAUCCGAUGACCCCUUUAAGAUGUUUUAUGUUUUUGAAAGAAAUCACUUAUACAUGAAUAGAAGAAACUGAAUUGAUUUGUCUACAACAGUGGAGCUGUAUCAUUUCAGUUAGGAAAGCAUUUCUCUCAGGGUCCUGCUGUAUAAUUGUGUGAUUUUUUUAGGAUCUGUAACUCUAAAAGGCUAAUGGCAUGCCAAUUCGCUUUCAGAUUUUGUUUCUAAAAUGAUUUUAUACUGUACACCCUGUGUUUCUUUAUUGUGAACCAUUUUAAAGUUGUUAUAACCAUACUAGAUAUAACCACACCAGCUGGUUCAGAAACUGAAAAUAUUACUCAUAGAUAGCCAGACAGUGAUGUCACUGUGCCACAAGGCAGUCAGAACUAGUUUAAACAGUGUUUACACAAUUGUGGUCUUCAUGAGAAAUGUCUAUGUGCGUGUGUUCAUGCAUCACAAAAGUGCUAUGUGAUGCAACAGCUGUCCAGCCCUACAGUUACAUGAAAAUGACUUGUUCUGGAACCAGUUUAGUAAAUGUGCUUUUUUAAAGAUUCAGUUGCCUAUAAUAAGAAUAAUAAUGACUAAAUGAAGUAUUAAGUUUUGCAUUACGUUUUACAUCGCAUAAAAUGUGCUGAACAUUACACUAUCAAUAUAUUUUUAUGCAUAAUAUGUGAUGUAGUUCAGUCUGUAUUUUAUAUGUUUUAAUGUGUAAUUUGAAUGACAGUAUCUUUUUACAUUUGUACUACACACCUGCUAAUUAAAAAAAAAACAUUUCAUGAGAUUGCAGCUAUGCAAUAAUUUAUAUGUGUCAUAUUGUAAAUAUUUGUGUUUAGAAUCGGUAUGAAAUAUUCUAACCUUUGGGUUUGAUUUGAUGUUUUAAUGCAUUUCAAUAAAGAAUUAUUAUUAUAAUGUGUUCAUGUCUGUGUAUUUCUAUUAGCAUAAAUUAUAAUUUUACCCUUAAUUUGCAUGUUUCCACCCAUGGUGCUGUCAUUUUGUUUUUGCAAGCGACAACGGGGUACCAGUUCUAACGCC